GACUCCAGGACUGUAGAAAUUCUCUCGCUCUCCCCGCGGCCCCCACCCCCUUCGUUCUAUGUAAGCCCUAAACAAUUCUUUCUCUCUCUCCAAAUCCCUCCGAUGGCUUCUCUGCAAGCUGUCCUGCUCUUCCCCAAACCCUCUCUCUGCUCGAUUCCCGGAGCUCGUACUGCAUUCGCUCCCACCACCAGCGUCUCAGAAGUUUGGAAUGGGGCUGGGGCGAUAAGGAAGGGGGGAUUGGUUGUUUCGAGACCUUUGGCGGUACGUGGGGUGGACGAACCUAGGGUUUCGAAUGGGGAUUGGAAGGAUGAGAAGCCGAUCAUUGUUAUAGAUAACUAUGAUAGUUUCACAUAUAAUCUGUGCCAGUAUAUUGGAGAGCUGGGAGCUAAUUUUGAGGUGUAUCGCAAUGAUGAGCUCACUGUGGAGGAACUUAAAAGGAAAUGCCCACGUGGGAUACUUAUUUCUCCAGGGCCUGGUACACCUCCAGAUUCAGGGAUAUCCUUACAAACUGUUCUAGAACUUGGGCCUUCUAUACCAUUGUUUGGGGUUUGUAUGGGCUUGCAGUGCAUUGGGGAAGCAUUUGGAGGAAAGGUCGUUCGCUCUCCUUUUGGCGUGGUGCAUGGAAAACACUCUCUUGUCUAUUAUGAUGAAAGCCUAGGGGAUACUUUAUUUUCUGGUUUACCAAACCCAUUCACUGCUGGUAGAUAUCAUAGCCUUGUGAUCGAAAAAGAUACUUUUCCUAGUGAUGUCCUCGAAAUCACAGCAUGGACAGAAGAUGGAUUAAUAAUGGCUGCUCGGCAUAAAAAGUAUCCACAUAUUCAGGGAGUGCAGUUCCAUCCUGAGAGCAUCAUAACCACAGAAGGCAAGAUGAUCGUUAACAACUUCAUCAAGUCUAUCGAAAGUCUGGGUGACUCAAUUCCCAAGCCUUGAAAAUAUCUGCCAAAAAGAAAAAAGAAAAAGAUUUAUAAGACUCAGAACAAAAUAAUGAGCACUUCUGUUCUGUCAAUAGAGAUCUAAUUUUCUCCAUCCA